AUGUUUGUUCUAGAGCGAGAAGGGUGUUACAAGAAUACCAUUGUCCAACACCCCCCGUCUUGCAAACCCCAGUUUGCGCGUCUGCGCGGUGCGCCGAAAACCAACGAGCCAACCAUGACCGUGGCCGCGGCGCCGGCGGGGUCGGAGGCGGCGCUACCAGUUGUUGACUUGCGGUCCUUCGACUCGGUCGAGGACCUUGCGGCCGACCUCAUGCGCGUCGGCAAGGAUCCCGGUUUCUUCUACGUUGUUGGCCACGAGCUGCGCGACGACGUCGCAGCCGACAUGUUUGCUCUUGCCAAGAGCUUCUUCAGCUCACCCCUUGAAGAGAAGUUGGUGUACGCCAACGGCAGCGGCGACCUGGGUUACACCGGUAUGAGAGAAGAAACGUAUGUUGUGCUCAGCCCCAUCUACCAUGCUUAUGGUGUUUCCCCUUUCGUAAAGAAACAGCUUUCGGGAGCAGGGCCAGGCGACGUUAAAGAGUCCUUUUACCUAUCAGACCCCGGUAAAACGACGCAGCUGCUUCCAACCGAGUUGGAGUCCCGCCGAGAGACAAUGGCGGCCUUCUUUGCGGGUUGCGACAACCUCGCAAAGACUCUUUUGGAAGGACUUGCAGUUGGAUUAGGCAUGCCAAGAGAUUUUCUAUCAAAGGCCCAUACUGGCGAAUGUUGUCGUAUGCGUCUCAUAAACUACCCCCCGGUAUCCGAGGUCUCAUCAUCCACCACCACCUCCUCGCCUCCAGACGACGCCCCAACCUCUAACUCGGAAGAUAUCCGAGCGGGCGCCCACUCCGAUUACGGCUCACUUACCCUGCUCUUCCGCCAGCCUUCGGACCAGGGCGGCCUUCAGGUCCUGCGAGGAGGAGGAGGAAACAAGCCCUCCGCGUGGGCUGACGUCCCCUGCAUCCCCAAUGCCAUUGUCGUCAACAUAGGCGACGCUCUGGAGUUCUGGACCGCAGGGAGACUGCGGUCUACGGUGCACAGGGUCGCCUUUCCCAGGUCCGCGAGCGAGAAUGUCGCGAGGUUAAGUAUACCCGUGUUCAUACAGCCUGAUCGCCACGUCGUGUUGGCACCCAUCAAGGAGGACCGAGGGGAUAGCGGCGGCGGCGGUGCGGGUGCCGAGUUUUUGGAGGUUUUGAGAAGAAAGGGGUACGAAAGUGCCGAGCCUGUUACCAGUCGGGAGCAUUUGGAGCGACGGAUACGAGCGACGUACGGCAAGGCUUAA